AUGCUUCGCGUCACCGUCGCCAAGGCCGCCGCCCGCCCCUUGACCUUUACUUCCAGAGCCGCCUUCACCACCACCGCCAGAGCUAUGGGCGAGGGAGACACUGGAGCUCCCCCGAAGAUGGGCGGACAAGGCGAUGCCUUCCAGCGCCGCGAGAAGGCCAACGAGGACUACGCCAUCCGCCAGCGCGAGAAGGAGAAGCUCCUGGAGCUGAGGAAGAAGGUUUCCGAGCAGCAGGCCCACCUCCAGCAGCUGUCCGACCACAUUGACGAGAUCACCAAGGAGCAGGGUGGUGAGCACAACUAA